CAAGAGACGAAGGCAGACUAGUAUCUGCAACCUCCGGGCCAACGGCGCUGGUCAGGGCUGCUCUCUCUAGGGAGGAGGGACGCAACUGGUAUUUUUUUUCCCUCUCUCACAGAGUCUGUCUAACCGCCCAACACUCAGCAGAAGACGACAUUUAGUCGGUGAAUGGUAACAAGCGGAUAUUAUCGGGAUGGACGGCCCAAGUGAGCAGCUUUCGCCGUGAGACUGGCGUUAAUUUGGACGUCCUGAGCAGCAGGUGUAACUGAAGGAUAAAACAGACUAAAGGCAAUCUCAGUGUUCAUGAAACUUUGCUACGAUUUACGUGCUGGGGUUGCCGUCCGCCAUGUUAAGGUAAAGCCCAGGUGCGCGGUGUUGACCAUGCUAAAGCGCCUGGACAAGAUCCGCUUCCGAGGCCCCAGGACGAGAGAAGACUUCCCGGAUCUGGCCGAGUCGCCACCCGCCUCCGACAACGAAUGUAGCGACGACAUGCAGCUGAAGCCCAGAGCAGCUCCUCGAGACACAGAGGACCUCCUGCGAGACCCUGCAGGUUCGGGGUCUCCCACCAUGGCUGCGGCCAUUCAGGACUUCCAGAGAUCGGAGUCAGACCGACUGAACGAAGUUAAAGGUCACCUGGAAAUUGCCUUAUUGGAGAAACAUUUCCUACAGGAGGAACUGAGGAAGCUGCGGGAAGAGACCAAUGUGGACUCUCUGCGGCAGGAGCUGGAGAGAGAGCGAAGCAAGCGUUUAGACCUGGAGCAGAAGAUGAGUGAGGUGCUCAAGUCCAGGCUGGAGGACUCUCCGCCACAACCUCCCCGAAAACAGCAGUCACCCUCUAACAAUGGAACAGCGGAGAAACAGCAGAAGGAGGUAUGGAGUUCGCGGCUGCAGAAGUGGCUGUACGAGCGCUUCGGGGUUUACAUCGAAGACUUCCGUUUUCAGCCGGAGGAGAGCACUGUAGAGGCUGAGGAACCGCUAAGUGCUAAAAGGUUGACAGAAAAUAUGAGGCGACUCAAGCGAGGAGCCAGACCUGUCACCAACUUCUUAAGGAACCUCUCCGCCUUAUCUAAUUGGCACUCAGUCUACACCUCAGCUAUUGCCUUCAUUAUCUACAUGAAUGCUGCUUGGCAUGGCUGGGCCAUUCCCAUGUUACUCUUCCUGGCUAUCCUGCGCUUGUCCUUAAAUUACCUCAUCGCCAGAGGUUGGAGGAUCCAGUGGAGCAUUGUGCCUGAGGUCUCUGAGCCCAUGGAACCUCCAAAGGAAGACUUGACUGUAUCUGAGAAGUUCCAGCUUGUACUUGACGUUGCACAAAAAGCACAGAACCUUUUUGGCAAGAUGGCGGAUGUUUUAGAGAAGAUAAAGAACCUCUUCAUGUGGGUGCAGCCGGAGAGCACCCGCAAACUUUACAUCUGCCUGUGGGUGGCUUUCAUCACCUCCUGCGUCCUGCCAUACAAACUGAUGGGUUUCAUGAUCGGCCUGUACGCCGGUAUCAAGUUCUUCAUCAUAGACUUCUUGUUUAAGAGCUGUCCGAAGCUGCGGGACAAGUACGACACUCCUUACAUCGUGUGGAACAGCCUUCCCACUGACCCCCAGCUCAAGGAGAGGACCAACGCCACUGUGUCACGGCGGGUUCAGCCGGUGGCUUCUCGGAGCAGCCUGGCCACCGUGCCAUGUGGGGUGAGCAGAGAGGAGGAAGCAGGUCGCUCCCACAGCACCAAGAAAGGAGCCUUUCACGAGGUCUUCAACCUGGCGGAGUCAGAGCGCCCUCUGGCGGUGUGUGAUAACGGCUGGAGGUGUUGCCUGAUAAACAGAGACAGGAAGAUGCCCACAGACUACAUCAGGAAUGGAGUGCUUUUCGUCACAGAGAAUUACUUGUGCUUUGAGAGCUCCAGCUCCCGAUCUGGCUCCUCCAAGAAGAAUAAAGUUAUCAAGCUGGUGGACAUCACUGACAUACAAAAGUACAAAGUGCUUUCAGUCCUACCAGGAAGUGGGAUGGGCAUCUCCAUAGCGACUCCUUCUACUCAGAAGCCACUGGUGUUUGGCGCCAUGAUGCACAGAGACGAGGCUUUCGAGGCCAUCUUCACCCAGUACAUGAAGAUCAUGACCACCACCAAACCACCAGCCAGUGCAGAGCUCUAGACGGCCUGCGUCCUAAUCAACACAUCUCCACACCGGGGCUUAAGUCUGGGGCCGAAAGCCUCCUGAGUUUCAACUGGACUGGAAGAUACUUUGAAACACCACACUACUCCUGUUCUGCGCAAGCCUCCUCCUCCUCCUCCCCCUCCUCCUCCUCCUCUUGUGACGGGCCUCCGCUUCCUCAUCGACGCUCAUCGCCCAGCUUUGAUUGAUGGAUUCCCUGUUUAGUCCACGUCGGAGGGGGGAUAUGUGGGAGUAUCCGCUACACGUGUAGUUGGGAUUUAAUGAUCACACACUUCUUGCAGGUGCUGGGAAAACGGACAAAAUCCACUAACUGGUUCCGGGAGGAGUGAGGAUCAGUGUGGUUUUUAUCAAUCAGCAGAAGGCCGGUGAGGGGGCUGGUUCUCCUCUCCCACCUGACUGACCAACUAACUGGCUUCCUGACGUAGUCGUUUCCGUGUUUGCAUGUGUGAGUGUGUGUGUAUGUGUGGGCAGAAAUUGUCUUAAACUGUGUCAAGUAUCUAUUUUUCUCUUUACUCCUCAGUCAGUGAAGAGACUUCUGCUGUGGUAGGAAGAAUUCAAAAAGUGCUCAUACGUAAAACAACUUAUAUACGUAAAAAACAAUAUCAUAACACCUGGAAGAUUUAAAAAAAGAAAAAAAAGUUCUUUAGGUUGCCAGACAUCUGUAGAAACCAAUAUGUAAGUUUAGCUUUAUAAAUCACUGCGAAAAACAACUGUCAGUGUUGAAUUUUUAGACAUUUAAGCUCGCUGAUUGGUGCCUAGCCCAACAAAAUUAUAGUCGUGUGAGCGGUCAGUGAUUGUUUUUUUUUUAAAAUGUGUAUUAGCUGUGAAAAUGUCAGAUGACUACUCGUCUGACACAAAGCCUUUCUGUUAGUUUACAUUGCUGCUGUCAAAAUUUUUUUUUUUUUUUUGAAUUUCUCCUCUUCUUUAUAGACACAGACACAUCUCAGCAGCGACAGUACGUUUUAGUUGUUCUUGUCGGUUUAACAGAAAAUCUGCUGCGCUCAGCAUCCGCUUCGGUGUUUUGUAAGUGUGCGUAACGUGUAGUGAAAUGUUUUUGUUUUUGUUUUGUUUUUUCAGAAAUGCCUUUCUUUUUGAAAAACGUCUUUUCUUUUUGUCUUUUUGUGACAGCCUUUGGGAUGAGGAACUGGUCCAGGAGCUGUUGAUUGUGUCAGAAAUGAGAGCACAACCACUGUUACAGUAGAUGGUUCAAACACUGACUGCCAUUUAGAGUUUUGACACAGACGUCCCGUGUCUAAGCUUUUCUUUUGAAGGCACAGUCUGUAAAUAUAUAGCGAGAAAUUCUUUUUUUUUUCCCCCAACGAUGGUAUUCUCCCUGCACUUUAUUAGAAAGUUAACUGGCAUUCCUGACAUUUAUGCAGUUGCAGUACAAGCUCAUUACUCACCAGUUACGCCCUACGGUAUUUCACUUCUGUCUACUUGGGCCAGCUCAGGUUCUUUUCCUGCUGGUGUUAGUGCAACUCAGCACAGCACAAAGCACAUUGUAUUAAUACAGGAUUGAUGUCUGCCACAGGGAGGAUAUUAUUAUUAUUAUUAUUAUUAUUAUCAUUAUUAUUAUUGUUAUUGUGAGCAAGACAACUUUCAAGCUGACCAUAAAAGAAGAAGGUACUUUGACUUCAAACGAUUACUUUCACAUCACAGCCCACAAAGGGCUCCCUCACACAUUCAAGUGUUGCCGUAUUUCAACGUUUGACAUUUAAAUCCGACCUUGAUCGCCUAAGAACAGAGGAGAAAUAACAUCAUAUUCACUUUUUAAAAUCAGAAAAGAAAAGACAUGCCUAAUAAGUUUGUUUUGUGUUUUUUUGUUUUUUUGUUUCUGCUUUACUGUAACGCCACAGUGAGUAGAGAUUGACUUCUGGGUGCUCUUCCACUUGUUCCAGAUUGUCUAAAUGUGCGCUUUUUUUUUUUUUUCAAUAGAAUAGUAUAAAGUAUAUUGAACUGGAUAUUUCAACGUCACUUUAUUUUAAGACACCAUUCACAAGAGUAAAGCUGGUAUUUACUCUUGCCGAAUGGUUUGAUAUGUAGAAAUAUAAUGCCAAACUACGUCAGACACUUUUAUGUGUUUUGUGAGAUGAAUGGAGAUAAUGGAUAAUGGGAGCUGGAGGUGACGGAUUUCUCUUCAGAUUUCUAAUGAGAGACAGUAGAGUAGCUGUUUACUGUGUGUCCAGCAGCACAAGCUUUAGUUUCCUUGUAAAUCUUACAAAACACUGUUAAAAAAGGGAGACCUUGACAUUUAAAUAUUGACAUUUAUUCAGGUAAUUUUUACUCACAGGCCACUUCUUUCUAGUUGUGUCACCAUUCCUCAAGAAAAGCAGAGGAUUUCUUUCCAUUAUCUGCCUCACAGGUUCCAGGUAAAAAGAUAAAACAGACUUAAAAUGUCAAGGUUUCUCUCUUAAGUCUAUACAAAUCCUCUUGUCAUCAUUAUCAAUUAGAAUCAAUUGAACUGGAUAUGAAAUUGCCAGAGAUGCAAUGGACCAGUUCAAACAUUAGACAUUAAUAUUAUUUUUAGUUAAAACUAAUUAAGAAUGGAUAUUUUUCAUCCGUAUGAUUUUUUUUGGACCGGGCUUGUUUAUUGAUAGGCUGCCUUCCCAGACAUGGAUUUCUAUUUUUGUUUAGGAAUAAAUUUGAUCCAUGAACGGGUAACUUGUUGGAUAUUAGAGCAGGUGAAGUCAGUAAAGUAAUGAACACUGUCUCACUGUGUGAUUGGAUGGCACGCCGUAGUCUUAAAAGCUUUUACCUGAAGCCUUUUGUAAUCUGUUAACUCUGAAAACCAGCUCUCUGUUAGGUGUUGGAGACCCUAACAAGGCUGCAUUCAGACAAAGCACAGAAUGUAUCACGUUCUAAAUGUCUAGGCUACUUUUUUUCUUUUUUUCUUUUGCCAAAUCUUUAAUUUUCUGUCUGCCAUAUUCUGCCUAAGCUCAUGUUUACAGAAGGUUGUAAAAAUUAUUUUGUUCUUUUUUUUUUCUUCUUUUUCAUAACAACCCAGUUUGAAUUCCUUUGACUUUGGAGUUAUGAAGACUGGACUGCUGUUGUUUGAAAUAAUGUCUCCGCUCUCAUCGGCUCCACACCACUCACAUGACUAUCUCUGCUCAUCUUUAACCAAUAGUAAAUCAAAACAUAGUGACAACAAGAGCAGUAUUUUAAACCUCAUACAGCAUGUAAAUGGUCAUAUCCAACAUCUCAGUACUUGGUUACAGUGUAGUGGAAGUUACAGUAAAAAAAACCAGGUUCACAGGCUUCAUGCAGAGCAGAGAUGGUCAUGGACUGAAAUGGCAACAUCAGUGUUUUUGACAUGUAGUUCCCUUCAUAGUUGUGACAUGAUGCACCUUUUUGAAGAGUUAUUGAGAGAGCCAGAAAGAAAACAUUGUUUUUUUUAAAAUGAAAUAAAAUAUAUGCACACACAAUACUGUAAGGCACUUAUUAGAGAAGCAUCCAGAAAAAUGCUCAAAGGGAUUGUUGAACAUUUUGCGAAAUACAGUUAUUCGCUUUAUUGCUGAGAAUUAGACGAGAAGAUUGAUACCAGUCAUGUACAGUACAGAAUUUGUUAGCUUUAGACAGAGCCACUUGCUAGUAGAUAUUGUUAAAACAAUUACUUUGUGAACUUGGUUUUGUCCAUAUCCAUAAUAUUCAUAAACAGUCUGACGUAAUUUUCCCAACUUUUUAGCUGUAAUUUUUUCUGUGUAAAAACGUCUACAUUAGGUUUUCUCCCUCCUGCUGUUAUUACAGAAAUGUCCCUCGACUCGCCCAUGUUGAACUUAAUUGCCAUUAUAGCAAAUGUUAGAAACUUUGACUAGCCUUUUAAGUCCAGCCAGGACAUUUAACCUUAUGGGAAAUAGUGUUUGUUAAAGGCUGCUAAAGACUGAAAUAUUAAAUAAAAAUUAGUUAAAAAAAAUACUGUUCUUAUCUAAACAUACAGUGUGAACCACACAACAUAUUGUUAAGUAAGAUCAUGUUUCCAAACUGAUUUUUUAAUUAUUUGCGUCAUUACAAAUCAGGGUGAUUUUGAAUGAGGUUUUCUGGAAGAGAACCUGGAAGCAGUUCUUGCUUCACUGUGACAGUCAACUCUGUUUCUCACUGUCUUCAGUUCAGUCGGUUGCUGGUUCAACCUGUUACAUGCAGUUCAGUACAAUUAGGCCUUUACAGCCAUUGUUAAUAAGAUUAACCGCUCAGCAGUCACCCAUUUGCACCUGAGAUUUGACCGUACAUGACCACACAGGAGCGUAUUUCCCAAAAUGUCUAAAAACUAUACCUUCAAUGUAAUGAAUUGUAAGAUGCACAUAAUGACUGCCAUACUGUGCAGAGGAUACAUAAGUCUAAUGAACUGCUGUUGUAAGAGUAACAGGGACCAUGUCAAAAACAGUGGUGUUGCCUUCUCAAGGUCCCCUCCGCUGAAUCUGGUGUCCUCACUGUUGUAUUAAAUAUGAAGUUCCUCUAACUGUGUGUAAAUGUUGAUUUAAGGGUUUUCUAAAAGCAUUUCAACAUCCAAGUGAUCUACUUUGAAUGUACAGUACUAACUGUACUAGUUUAGACAAUUCCAGAUGAGUUGUCUCAUGGCUGCAAAUAGCCUUAAUCUGACAUCAUCACAAUAUGACCGAAGUAAAUUUAAAAAAGGUCAAACAAAUGAAUCUCCAGGAUUCAGUCCUGUUUUAUGGACUGAGACAGAACUUGUAACAUUUGCUACAGUCAGUGAACUGCAAAUUAAAGCCCAGGUGCUAGCGGGAAGACAAGCCCAUAGCAUUCACUGCAAGGAAACACUGCAGUCAUUACAGUGAGUCAUUUGUCAUCUGUGACAGUCGCUAUAAUGACUUCUCUCUUUCUUUUUUUUUCCUUCUUUUUUUUGUCAAAGAGGAAUUUGUAUACAAAUUAUUGAAAUGUACAGUGAAGUAAACGAAAACCACCGAGUUUUUAAAAGACAUGUCUAUUGUAAAAGAUAAUGUGAUGUACAUUUUUUAAUUUAAGUAAAUGAAUUUAAGGUA